AUGUCGUCGUCGGCAGUUUACAUAUUGGAUGUAAAAGGAAAAGUUCUUAUUUCGAGAAAUUACCGUGGCGAUGUCGAUUUGGGUGUGAUCGAUAAAUUUAUGCCACUACUAAUGGAAAAGGAAGAAGAAGGCAUGCUGACACCACUGUUACAGACAAGUGAAUGUACCUUUGCUUACAUAAAAACUAAUAACUUAUACAUUGUUUCAACAACUAAGAAGAAUGCAAAUAUUGCAUUAGUUUUUGUGUUUCUGUACAAAAUUGUUGAAGUUAUGACUGAAUACUUUAAAGAACUGGAAGAAGAGAGUAUCAGAGAUAAUUUUGUUGUCAUAUAUGAACUCUUAGAUGAAUUAUUAGACUUUGGAUAUCCUCAAACAACUGAUAGUAAAAUACUACAAGAGUAUAUAACACAGGAAGGUCAUAAACUGGAAAUGCAACCUCGCAUUCCAAUGGCGGUUACAAAUGCUGUUUCAUGGAGGUCAGAGGGUAUCAAGUAUCGAAAAAAUGAAGUGUUUCUUGAUGUGAUAGAAUCUGUUAAUCUACUGGCAAAUGCGAAUGGAAACGUUCUUAGAAGUGAGAUUGUUGGAGCCAUUAAAAUGAGAGUAUACUUGUCUGGAAUGCCAGAAUUGCGUCUUGGCCUUAAUGAUAAAGUCCUUUUUGAGAGCACUGGUAGAGGAAAAUCAAAAUCUGUUGAAUUAGAGGAUGUAAAGUUUCACCAAUGCGUGAGAUUAUCUCGUUUUGAAAAUGACAGAACCAUUUCAUUUAUCCCUCCAGAUGGUGAAUUUGAAUUAAUGUCUUAUAGGCUCAACACUCAUGUGAAGCCUUUAAUUUGGAUUGAGUCUGUAAUUGAACGACAUGCUCAUUCAAGAGUUGAAUAUAUGAUCAAAGCUAAAUCCCAGUUUAAAAGACGUUCAACUGCAAACAAUGUUGAAAUAAUCAUUCCUGUACCAGCUGAUGCUGAUUCCCCUAAAUUCAAAACAACAAUUGGUAGUGUAAAGUAUACACCUGAACAGAAUGCAAUUACUUGGUCCAUAAAAUCCUUCCCAGGUGGCAAAGAGUAUUUAAUGAGAGCUCAUUUUGGUCUACCUUCUGUUGAAUGUGAAGAAACUGAUGGUAAACCUCCAAUUCAAGUUAAAUUUGAAAUUCCUUAUUUUACAACAUCUGGUAUUCAGGUGAGAUACUUAAAAAUUAUUGAGAAGAGUGGGUAUCAGGCUCUACCCUGGGUGAGGUACAUCACCCAAAAUGGAGAUUAUCAGCUUAGAACUAAUUAA